AUGCCCGGCGAUCGCAAUUGGCCGAACCACGACACAUGGAGUGAGCUCAAUCGUACCGUCGGUGGCAGGCUCAUGCGCGGCCAGCCACUGGCCCAGGCUUGCCAUGGAGCCACCUUGAAUGCAGGAGCCUGUACCAUUAGUGUCACCGACCCUGUCAAUGUCAUGUCGCCCUACUGGCUCAACAAUUCAUGCAGCCCCUAUGCCCCAUACGCCAGUGCCGGCGGCUCCGGUACCUGCACGCUUGGCAAUCUCGCCCAGUAUACCAUUCGGGUCACGGGCGCCGACGACGUCGUGGCUGGCAUCAACUUUGCCCGGCAACACAACAUACGCCUCACCAUCAAGAACACCGGCCAUGACGUGCAAGGACGCUCUACCGGCGCGGGCUCCCUGGGUCUUUGGAUGCACAACCUCAAGGACAUCUCCUUCAUCGACUAUUCCAGUCCAAAAUAUCACGGCAAAGCCGCCCGCAUUGGCGCCGGCAUCGAGGUCGGGGAAGCUUACGAAGCUGCGCACAAAAACGGCCUGACCAUCACCGGCGGCACUUGCCCAUCUGUCGGCGUCGCUGGAGGCUGGUUCCCCGGCGGCGGCCAUGGGCCCCUCUCAAGCAUAUACGGCCUGGGCGCCGACACCACGCUCGAGUUCGAGGUCGUGACCGCCGAUGGCACAGUCGUCACCGCUACGCCCGACAACGAGCACUCGGACCUGUACUGGGCGCUGAGCGGCGGCGGUCCCGGCAACUACGGUGUCGUGCUAUCCAUCACGGCCAAGGCAUGGCCAGACCAGUCCUUUGCUGGAGCCGCGUUCACAUUCGUCAACACUAACGACGACACCUACUGGCAGGCGAUCCGGGCAUGGAUGAAGGCGCUGCUCGCGCUCAACCAGAUCCCAGGCCUCUCCACGGCAUCCGGCUUCAACAGCCAAGGCUUCACCAUGAAUUUCGCCACGCUUCCCGGCGGUACGCAGGAGAGUCUGAACGCGGCGCUAGCACCCUACAUGAAAGAGCUCCAGGGCCUGGACAUCCUGAUGGUAGCAAACACCACGACGGUGCACCCCAACUUCCUGGACCACUUCAACGCCUUCGCCGAAUCGCCUCCCAUCAACAUCACCAUGGCCGCGCGCAUGAUUCCUGCGUCACUAGUGCACGACGACGCAAAGCUCGACACGCUCGUCUCCACCAUGCGCGCCCUGACAGACGAGCAGGGCGUCUUUGCCCUCGUCUCCAACAACGUGUCCCUGGCCCGCGUCGGCGUCGCACCCGGGACCAAUUCCGUACUGCCGGCGUGGCGCGACACGCUCUUCCUGGCCAACUUCGGGCGAUACGUUGCCAACGGCCAGUCCUGGGCCGACCUGAGCGCUGACCAGACCCGCGUCAACAAUUGGCAGACUUUGUUCCGCGAUCUGACGCCUGGUGGCGGUGCAUAUGGUAACGAGGCCACGUUCAACGAUGCAUCCUGGAAGGAGGACUACUUUGGCGCCAAUUACGACCGUUUGCUUGCCAUUAAGCGUGCAUAUGACCCUGAGGGCCUUUUCUGGGCUAACACUGCCGUCGGGAGCGAUGCUAAUUGGGUCGCGCAGCCUGAUGGUCGGUUGUGUAGGCCCUAG